AUUUUCCGAUCAGUAUUUGCAACUCAUUUUUUAUGUCUGGAGUGAUUCGCUUUGUUUGUUUGUUUGUAUUUAUCCAAUUGAGUUGCUUGUUAUCAGAGGCAUUUCAUCGAGCAGCUCGUGUACUAUAACGACCUCCCGCCAUGGAUGUUGAUUCGAAGCCUGGCAUGGAGGAAACUAUACUGGUGGGUGAUGAUCUGAUGAUGGGGCCGCCUUCACCGGUAAUUCCUUCGGAGAUAGCGUCACAUGUGCUCGAGGGAGUUGAUCUCUGUGAUGGCAUUUUGCGGAAUUUGUUUCUUUGUCUGCAAAUUAAUGAUAUUGAGCCUUUCUGUCAAGAUGAGAUUGCGUUGUACAAGCAAUGUGCUGAGAGGAGGGAUAAGGAGCUUAGACAGAGGCUGCAAGAUAGUGAGCGGAAACUAGGGAUGUCUAUGCCUUUGAAUCUGGCAAAUGAAAGAUCUACUCAGUUGGAGGCAGAAGCAACUCAACUGGAGAGACGCCUAAUUUUAGCAAGUGGAGUCGAAGGCAUGGAAGGAUUUAGACAAAGAUGGAGUCUCCAUGGCCGCCUUACUGAUACUAAGAAGCAGCUGGAAGCCCUGAAGCUAGGGAUAGAGAGUAGAAAGAAAGAUGAAACCGUUGGAGAAUCGAGUACAAAGAAGAGAUGGUUCUUUUGGUGAAGAUGGCCUCCAUAUUGCCAACCUAAGUGAUGGAGGAAUUCAUUAACAGCUCAAACCGAGUAUUCUUUCAUCCAUUUUGUUGUAUAAUAUAGGAAGUGAGAGUAUUCUCAGCAUAGCAUAGCUUUCCAGUUAGCAAUGCUUCCAUGAAGAAAAAAACAUUCUAGAAGAAUACAAAUAAAAGUAAGUUUUGUUCUUCCUAUUAUGGCAUCUCUAUAUGCUAUUCUUGUGUCUUCAAAGUUGAGUUCAUUUUGUCAAGAAUCAAGAGGAAUGAAUGUAUAUCGGCUAAGCAAAUUGUUGAAAUUUCAAAGUGAGAUUACACUCA